CUAAUGUUAACGAUAACAAAACAUUGAACACUAAAAAACAGAAGUUUCUAGCACCAUGUGUGAUCAUACUAACGUUCAUAGUAUGUGUCUAUUUACCAGAUGUUGUCCACUUUGUUUACAUCAAGGGGUUUAAUGAAAACCCAGGAUGGUUGGGAAAAGCAAGUAAGAUGUUUUACACAUGUGGAUUUAUCUCAGAUGUAUUCAUCUAUGUGUUUCUAAACAGACGAAUUCGAAAGAAACUAUUUAGAGACUCAAAAAUAAAUUUAUUUUGGACGAGGAUACGGCAGUUCGCUAGCAAUACAGAACACUGUGAACAACCUAUUCGCGCGAGAAAAUAAUAUUAAUAUCAUAAUAUUUGAAUUCUGGAAAAUAAUAUGAUAGUCAUAGUAAAAAGGAGGGCGCCUGAGUGGUGGUAAGAUAUGGCGCGAUGGUACGCCCGUGACCUACUUUAAGCGGGAAAUUUCUGUCCUCAGAUCACAUCGUAACAAGUAAAAAUCUAGCACAAUAACAAUGGAAAAUAGUGGUCAAAAAAGAGAUGCCGAUAUAACCGCCGAAGUUAAGCCAACAAAUAUUAAGUAUGCAAAGAGAUUAAAGGAAUGUCAGGUAUGCGGGCUGCAAAAUGCAGCAGCUAAAAAGUUACUUGGUCUCCAUGAAAAAGAGGGCCAUCAUGCGAUUGUUUUAUAUAUAAAAAAAGGCGAAAGCAACAUCACCAUGGAUCAAUAUGCGACUCCUGGUUUUGCUACCCAGUACCUCGAAGGAACUGCCAGUGAUUCCUUGGGAAGCUUACUGAAGCAGUCAUUUAGGAAUAAUUUUGAGGCAUAUUUAUCUACGACCUUAAAAACAGCAGUACAAGAACCCUGUAGAAUUCCAUCUGCUGCUGAACGAAUUAAUAAUGUUUCUACUGAUAACCCUACAAUGCAGCACACUGGGAAGUCAAUGCAGGAAAGUACUUCAGAAGCGAGCUUUGUCAUUCAUCCUUCUGAACUGAAUUUAAAAACAACUGUGGAGAAUAAUAGUACUGAAGAAACUUCUAUAAGCCAUUGCAAUAUAGAGAAUCCUCAAUCGUGCCUGGCCUUUUUGGUAAGUUAUGUAAGCUGUAUCUUCUGGAUGCACCAUUACUGUAUUUUCAAUUUUGAUGCAAUUUAUUUUUAGAAAUCCCAAAGGAAGACUUACAUCCAGGAGAUGUUGUUGCCGUUUAUGCAUCACCAGAGUCUGGUGACCAUUUUUGGCUUACCAGGCUUAUUUCAGUUGGAAAAACAGUGGAUGGAAUAUGGUUUAAUAAAAUAGAAAGUAUUUACAAAUCUGGUGAUAAAUGCAAACUUUUUUGGAAAAAUAUUGUUAGACCAAAGAAAGUAUUUUCACGUUUAUAUAUAAUAAAACUGAAAGAACAAAGUGGAAAUUUUGAACUAAGCAAAGAAUGUAAUGAUUUUUUGCUUAGUUUAUGCUCCUAAUUUUUCAUUGUUUAACUUUUUCUUUUAAUAUAUAUUCAUAGUUACUGAAUCUGAUAAGAUGUGGGUUAAACUUUUCAACUGACCAAUUAAAAACAUAUUGUCUACUUCCUUAUUUGAAACUUUCGAAUAACACGUCUUUUUUAAGAAGCAGGUUUUGCAAGGCAGGCUCAAAGUUUUUAAACAUUUUGAGCCUUGUGUUUUUAUGCUACAUGUAUGUUAAUCUUCUCUUAAACUGUAUAUAUAUUUAACUGGGUUACAUAUAUGUUUUCAUGACAUUUUUUUGUUGAUAAUUGUAUAUUACAGCUUUAAAAAAUGAGAUCUCCUUGGUUUUUCUUGUUUCCUAUCAUCAAACUAGCAAUGAUUCUUAAUGAUUCUACAAAAUAAUUUUGUAAUGUAAAAAAUGUAAAA